AUGAAGGCUGUCCGCUUCCACGGGCAGCGAGACCUGAGAUAUGAGGACAUUCCGGUCCCACAGAUCCGAAAAGGGCAGGUGAAGCUCCGUCCAGCCUGGGUGGGCAUUUGUGGAAGCGACCUGCACGAAUAUCUCGGUGGACCUAACCUGUGUCCCACAACACCCCACCCGAUUACUGGAGAGACGGUUCCUCUGACAUUCGGCCACGAGUUCAGCGGUGUGAUCGAAGAGGUCGGUGAAGGUGUGAACGAAUUCAACCCAGGCGACAGGGUUGCAGUCCAGCCGAUCAUCUACGACGGAACUUGUGGGGCUUGCCUCGAAAACUGCCAUAACUGCUGUUGGAGUAAUGGAUUCGUGGGUUUGAGCGGCUGGGGAGGAGGGUUGGCAGAGCACAUUGUAGUGCCUACCUCGACGCUAUACCAUCUUCCGGACAAUGUCCCGCUCGAGAUCGGAGCGCUCAUCGAACCCCUCGCGGUUGGGUGGCACGCGGUGAAGGUCAGCCCAUUCAAAAAAGGUGACGCCGUGCUCAUUCUCGGAGGUGGCCCAAUCGGAAUAUCGGUCAUUCUCGCUUUGAAAGCGAAAGGCGCGGACAAGAUCAUCGUCUCGGAGGUCAGCCGUAAAAGACAAGAGUUCGCGAAGAACUUCGGCGCCGACUACAUCAUAAACCCGAUGAAGGAGGACGUUGUGAAGCGUUGCCGGGAGCUCUGCGAGGGUCAAGGUGUCCAUGUGGUCUUCGACUGCGCUGGGGUCCAAGCGGCGUUAGACCAGGCGAUACAUGCCACGCGAGUUCGGGGCACCAUCGUUAACAUCGCCAUCUGGGAGAAGCCUUGCACGAUUACGCCAAAUGACAUGACGUUCAAGGAGAGGAGGUAUCAGGGCGUCGCGACGUAUCAAGUCGGUGACUUCCAGGAAGUAAUCGACGCCAUCUCCUCGGGCAGCAUGAAGCCGCACGGGAUGAUUACGCAGAGGAUCAAGCUGACCGAAGUGGAAGAGAAGGGCUUCAAGACGUUGAUCAACGACAAAGAUAAUCAAGUGAAGAUUUUGGUGGAGGUGGGAGGAGGCAAUUAA